AUAAAAAGAGAGAGAGAGAAAAAAAAAAAAAAAAGACAGAAAGAAGAUAAAAGCGGGAAAAUCACCUACCAACCGUCAGAUUUUUGUUUUUUUUUUUUUAAUUUUUUGUGUGUUCUCUGAUCUUUUCUUCCAAUGGCUUGCGGUGCCACUACUAAGCCUCUGCUGAACCUCGAACUCUCACACUCACACCGGCCAAAGAAACCACUCUCUCUCUCUUUCUGUUCCUUCACUAAUAGGCCAAGACUUUCUCCAGAGACUUUGUCCUCUCAAGCAAAAGAUUGCAGCAAGAUUGACAUCUUUUUAAGUCCAUCACUGUUUUGUAGGCGGAAACCCAGAUUCCAGGUUGCUGCACAGAGUGAUUAUUCUUCAGGGGAAGAAGCAGAGUCACUUGAACCUGACUCAGCUUGCCAAGAGCGUUUUUCUUGGUCUUCAGUGAUUUUGCCAUUUUUGUUCCCAGCUCUGGGAGGGUUGUUAUUUGGGUAUGACAUUGGUGCCACCUCUGGUGCUACCAUCUCUUUGCAGUCACCUGAGCUUAGUGGCAUUACUUGGUUCAACCUUUCGGCUGUUCAGCUUGGUCUAGUGGUCAGUGGCUCCCUUUAUGGGGCGCUUCUUGGUUCCCUCCUUGUCUAUCCAAUUGCAGAUUUCCUUGGAAGGAGGAGGGAACUCAUCAUUGCUGCUCUAUUAUAUGUGCUUGGUGGUUCGUUGACUGCUUAUGCUCCAGGCCUUAGUGUUCUCUUAGUAGGACGGCUACUUUAUGGCCUGGGUAUUGGACUGGCCAUGCAUGGGGCUCCCCUCUACAUAGCAGAAACUUGCCCAUCUCAGAUACGAGGAACGCUAGUAUCUCUAAAGGAACUAUUCAUAGUUCUGGGAAUUUUGUUGGGAUAUUUUGUGGGAAGCUUCCAAAUUAAUGCUGUUGGGGGGUGGCGAUUCAUGUAUGGGUGUAGUGCUCCAAUUGCAUUACUUAUGGAAAUAGGCAUGUGGAGUCUCCCACCAUCACCACGCUGGUUACUUCUCAGAGCGGUUCAAGGGAAAGGAUCUUUACAAGAAUACAAAGAGAAGGCCAUCCUUGCCCUAAGCAAACUACGGGGUCGGGCUCCAGGUGAUGAAGCAUCUGAGAAACAAAUAGAAGAUAGCCUAUUGUCACUGAAGUCUACAUAUGUGGAACAGGAAUCUGAAGGAAAUAUCUUGGAGGUAUUUCAGGGGCCAAGUUUGAAAGCCCUCAUAAUCGGUGGAGGUUUAGUCCUUUUUCAACAGAUAACUGGCCAACCGAGUGUUCUGUAUUAUGCUGGUCCAAUUCUACAGAGUGCUGGAUUUUCUGCGGCUGCUGAUGCUACCCGCCUUUCUGUAGUAGUAGGUUUGUUCAAGUUAUUAAUGACUUGGAUAGCUGUUGCAAAAGUUGAUGAUCUUGGCAGAAGACCGUUGCUGAUUGGAGGUGUUGGUGGGAUUGCUCUUUCCUUGUUUCUUCUUUCUGCUUAUUACAAAUUUUUUGGAGGACUCCCUUUUGUUGCUGUAGCUGCUCUACUUCUCUAUGUCGGUUGCUAUCAGAUAUCAUUUGGGCCUAUCAGUUGGCUAAUGGUGUCUGAAAUUUUCCCACUACGCACAAGAGGGAAAGGGAUUAGUCUUGCAGUUCUCACUAACUUUGGUUCAAAUGCUAUUGUUACCUUUGCAUUCUCACCAUUGAAGGAGUUGCUAGGAGCAGAAAAUCUUUUCCUUCUUUUUGGUGCUAUUGCUUUGUUAUCACUUUUGUUUGUGGUAGUCUACAUCCCUGAGACUAAAGGUUUGAGCUUAGAAGAAAUAGAAUCCAAGAUCCUGAAGUGAAAGCUCAGCAAUUCCCGCUAUCAUCAUGAUUUCAGGGAAGACUAAAUAAGUAACCAUUAGCCGCAAAGUAUUUCUUAGGAUGGCAGUGGAUGGUUUUCUAUUUAUAGUCUCAUGGGAUUUGUUGGACUACUAUUUUAGCUGAACGUUUCUUAUGACAUGUAAAUGGAGUUGUAUGUAUGAUAAUCAAUGCCCUUCUUAAACAAAUGUCAUGAUGGAGAUCUUUGUGUAUUCAAUUGAAAAGCCAGCGAAGAAGGGUUAUGACAUGCUACUAAAAAAAGUCUGUGCAUCCCAAUAUCCCAAAAAAACCCAGCAAAAUCUAUUUCCUGUUAUUUGACUUAUUUCUUGCGUUAAGUACAAUCAUUUGAGUGCUUUUGAGUGCUGAUUGAAUUUCAAGUGCUUGUGUCGUUGCCAAGAAGCUUGCUGCACUGGAGAAAGAUCUCCAGGUUGGUGAAUGUGGGCAUUUUGAAAUGUUUUCAUAUUUUGGCUAACUGUAAGAUCCUAAAUCUACUUUCACA